UAUGCAAAUGCCCGUCCACAAUGAACUAAAAAGGACAUUUCUGCGAGCGUCGAGAACCUUGACCUCCUCAUUAUUCUCCGCCUUGAAGUUCAUUGAAAAGCGACAUUGUUUCUUUAAGAUUUCGCUCGCAGUCAUCAGCGGGUCUGUCCAUUGUUGGAGGGUGAACAGAAAGCGAGUUGAGAUUGAUAUACGGGGGCCGAAGACAAGUGGCGCAUAUCAUCAGCGGACCAGCUGCAGUGCAGGAGGCAGCAGCAGCAGCAGCAGCAGCAGAGCCAACAAGUUCCUGAACGCAUCCUUUUUCUCCAGACAUGGGUUGCUAUGACUGCUGUAUGCGCUGUUUGGGUGGGAUACCAUACUGCUCCCUGGUUGCCACACUGCUGUGUUUCUCUGGCAUCGCCCUCUUCUGCGGUUGCGGACACCAGGCGCUCACGGAGACGGAGAGGCUCAUCGAGACAUACUUCGCCCGUAACCUUCAGGACUACAUCACCCUCGCCUACAUCAUUCAAUAUUUCCAGUAUGUCAUCUACGGUUUGGCCUCCUUUUUCUUCCUCUACUGCAUCGUGCUGUUGGCGGAGGGCUUCUACACCACAAGCGCUGCCAGGCAAACCUUCGGAGAGUUCAGGAGCACCAUGUGUGGCCGCUGCCUCAGCUCCUCGUUUAUCGUGGUGACGUAUGUGCUGGCCGUGCUGUGGCUGAUGGUGUUCGCCUUCGCGGCCCUGCCGGUCUACUUCUUCUACAACAUGAGCGCCACCUGCCACACCAUCGACAUUCUGACUGAGACGCCAGCGAGCAUCAACCAGCUGUGUGUUGAUGCGAGGCAAUAUGGGCUCCUGCCGUGGAACGCAGUGCCAGGGAAAGCUUGUGGUAUAACUCUGUCCACUGUGUGCAAGACCAGAGAGUACCAGAUGACCUAUGACCUCUACAUUGCUGCCUUCGCCGGUGCGGGCAUCACUCUCUUGGCUCUGCUCACCUAUACUGUCUCAACCACCUAUAACUUUGCGGUCUUGAGGUAUCUGGGGAGAAAGGGCAUAAGUGCACGGUGUUAGGCUCGCCAGCUUCCUGUCUGCUCUAUCGUUACUUCACCACCAACCUGGGGAUCUGAAGGGGACGGCAACAACUCUCUUUUCCAUAUCAGCUGCACAGAACUGCCAGUGUUCACGGACUCUUUAAAAGUGUCGUCUUUAUAUUUUUUACUUUUCUCGUUGAGAAAAUUGUUAUUGUUUUGUUUUUUGUUUUUUUUUUCCCUUUUUCUUCUUGUUUUUAUGUGUGUGAGGUUUUACAUGCAGCGAGUCAUCGCUCAAUAUUUCACGUCACCAAAAUAUUUUGUGAGUUAAUGCUGUUGUUGCUUGCUGAGGUUAGUGUCUAAAAUUCAUCUCUGCUUCCAGUUGCACUCAGAACACAAAUAACACACCACUAAAAACUAACAUAUGUAUGAAAUGACCCCCAAAAUUGCAACACAUGUGCAGCUAAAAUGCAGCUGUUAUGGAGUGUGGGGAAUAUAGGUUACCAUGGUUACCAUCCCUCACAUCUGGUUGCCAUGGUGGCAGACAAGCAUGCAUUCGCAGUCUCAUGCUGACCUCAGGACUUUUCUCACGGGCUUGAGAAAAGCCUCAACAAUGGAGUCAUGCCCGUUUUUAAAAGCUAGCCAAUAGGGAGCCAGUGGUGGGGGCCACCUGCGCUAUGAGUCUCUGCCAAGGGUUAUAUUACAUGUCAAGGGAGGGGGUCCUACAGACAAAGAGAGGGUUAGACCUCUCUUGAGCCUCAAUGCAGCUCUUCUAGGACAGCAACCACACACAACAGCAUCCUCAUGCUGCCGCAUGACCCCCAGCUCCCUCUGAAUAAUGGAGACGAUGGAUUCAGAGCAAUGAGACUGAAGGAAUUUUAGAUGAUUUUUGAAUAGUUUCUUUCUAACAAAGGGACAUACUUGUUUAGUUCUGAUCUAGAAAGGUCUGAAAUUGAUUCUCUCAUAAUUUUGAGAUGGGAAAAGCACUAGGUGCUAAUUUAUUGAGUAACCUCAACCUAAAACACAUUGUUGAGGUAUGAGUCCCCCCUGCUGUUAAUGCAUGACUGAGGUACUUUAGAGAUAGGACAGCUUCGUUUGGUCUCUAAUUCUUUAGGAAUUUUGUUGUAGUUAUUGUAUAACACAUCUUUUUUUACUUACUGUAGCUGUAUUUACUACUACUCUUACACUUACUUCGGGGUAU